GCUAGUCUCUUCAUGUUGCACAGCAGCCACCCUGCGUGGAACCUCUAUUCUGAAGUCUUGACUUGGACGCCAUAUACCUCCAGUCUCUGCGCUCAUUCAGCGCUGCUCGGUACGGUCUACAAGUAGAAGGCCUCUGAGUCCCUGCAUGCUCUUGGCUAUUGCAGUGGUAUCCAGCACUCUUCCAAGUGGUGGUGACGAUGAAUACUUUCCCAUCAAUGAUUAGCUGGUACACAGAGCCGAGUGCCAACCAGUGUCUUGCAUGGUUCAACUACAUGUGUAAGUUGCACGGUGAAUGACAUCGGCUUUCGCAAACUUGCAAGGCAUCUUUUUCUCCUGGGGCAUGAAGUCAGUUCAUCCAGGAUAUCCUCACCUUCUGCGGCCUCAGCUUCGCAGAGCGACGACUCCUCUUCAGUCAAUUUCAGGUCCAAAGAGAGACCUUUGAGCCUCUUUCAGGUUAAAAAUGAGUGCUUUGGUUCAAUUUCAGGUCCAAAGAGAGACCUUUGAGCCUCUUUCAGGUUCAAAAUGAGGCUUUUGGAUGAAUUUGAGGUUCAAAGAGAGACCUUUGAGCUUCUUUCAGGUUCAAAAUGAGGCCUUUGGGUCAAUUUGAGGUUCAAAAUGAGAUCUUUUAGCCAACUUCAGGUUCUGGUAAGGCUGCCUUGCACUGCAAGAUGAGGGGUUCACCUUGCAUAAUUGUUGACUUUAAGCAUCUCCAAGAAAUUCCUUAGCGACCUUGCAAAAGGGUUUUUCCUUCCGCAAACGCUGACUUUACUGGCAAUGAGGACGGCCUUCCGUGGUAUUGAACGAGGGGCAUACCUAAUUCUGUGCGUGUCAAGUCGAUAUUAUCCCUAAAAGACUGCCUGCUGUGAAGCCUCCUCUGUAACUCAUGUCAACUCCAUUUCGUGCUUCGGCAAGUGAAACUCAGCAGUCGAGGGAGCCAAAACUCGAGAUCCUCAGGCUUUCAGAAGUGGAUUGGGCGCGAUUUUCCGGAAUUGGAUAUUGUUUCAGACUGCCGAUCCAAUGCAAUCAGCAUUGUGACUAUGAUAACCACCCAACUCGCUGAUGGAGUGAACCAGGAUGUACGAGCACCAGGAAGCCAUACCAAAGGUGUCUACAGUCCAUCCGUGGGACAGGGGACUGUAUGCGUAUUAUUUGAUUGUUCUACCCCUGUUCCCACUCUUCCUAUCUCCCCGUACUCUGUGACCUCCGGGACCUCUCAAGUACCGCAUAAGUUCACACUGAUGUCGAUGGAACAGGACACCGGGGCACUGCCACGACGAAGUGCCAGGCUUGCAGUUCGUGCCCGACCUGUGGUACCUCCAAGACCCAAGCAGCGACUCAGCAAGCGGAAGACUCCAGCAGCAUCAAGUACAGCAAUGACAGUACCGGUUAGCACCGGGGUUCUUCCCGCAUGCCCGGUCCAAGGGGCCGGUGAGCCGUUGGCGGCUUACCUUCAGCGGGUACAGGCAUUCACAGAUGCCGUAGCUACCGCAAAGGCACAGGAGGAGGCAGCAGAAGCGGAAUGUCAGCGGCUGGCCAAUGAGGCGGCAGCCCAAGCUCAGCACACUGCUGAGGCUGACGCAGCAGCACGAGACCAACGGAAUGCCAGCAGCACGGAGUCCCUGAUUCAUAGUGAGAAUCAGUGGACAAUGUUCYUCCAAGGCAUGAUCUUUGUGCCUUCGGACGCGCAGGCAGAUCCGACACCGGCGGAGGMAGAGAARACUCACCUGGCUAACUUGAUGCUGGGCAUGAUGAGAGSAAUYAUGUGGAAUAACACACUGCUGCAAGCACAUCUGCGCACGGAACAACAGCAAAGACAGAAGUACCAGCAAGACAUUGCUGUUUUAACAGCUGCCAUCCGCGCCGAAGCUUCACAGCAGCAGCAAAAGCAGCAGCUGUUGAACUCCGCUCUCGCACGCAUCAACAACAUUGAAGCUAGUGCCUCAGCAACGCCAGGCUGCACGACGGACGCGACGAAACAGCUCAACGAGCGCAUCGAUCAUGCCGUCAAUAUCAUCGGCGAUAUAGGCGAUUUCACUAGCCCGGCCACAAUCAGCAGCACGGUGGCCGCCAUCAAGACGGACAUCACCAAGCUGCAGACGGGACCGGACGCCGCUACGAAGACUUACAAGAUGCCACACUUCGACAUCAGCAAGUUCGGCGACUACAACAAGUCGGACGCCUUGACAUGGUGGCAACGUUUCCUCACGGAAGCAUCAUGCCGCACUGUCCCGGCGGACGACAUGAUGAAGGCGCUCUACUUACAACUGAUCGAGGAAGCGCAGGCAUGGAUGAAUCAUCUGGCGGCUACCAAGAAAUGCACCAUCGCCGAACUCCACACGCACAUUCCGUGGACGGAGUUCGAGAAGCUAUGGCUCACCCGGUUCAUGGUUCGCAACGUCGUGAAGGCAGCCAUGAACGAGGUGUACACCUGCUCUCAAGGUAGUAUGCCAACUCGAGACUGGACAACUAAGUGGCAGAAGAUAGUGACCACGCCAGGCUUCGAUUUGAGUUUUACCAAUCAACGAUCCGAGUUCUUCUCGCGAUCAUGCGCAGGACUGCGGUCGGCACUCGGCAACGAGUACGAUUAUGAUUCAUUCCAGGCCAUUCUGGAUCGGGCGAACUUAGUCAUCCAAACGGAUGACAAGGCCGCAAACGAACGACAGUCCCAGGCGCAUUAUGUGGCUAAGCAGGGCUAUCAACGACCGGCACACAACAAUGCCGUAAUUUCUGAAGAAACAGUCGAUCUCCACGCUGCAGCAGCAUCCUCGAGUGAUGGAGGAAUUGUAGCAGCGCUCCCACCGAAGCGUCCCAAGAGAGUUCGGAAGAACAAGGCGACCCAAGAGACGGCAUCGACGGGAACUAGGCAUCAGCCAUGGACGGCGUACAAGAUAACCAAGGAUGUCUAUGACCUUCGUAAAAACCGGUGUCUUUUGACAUCCUCGACACCAAGUUCGAGCGCCGAUCAUCCGGUGAACUUCCAUGACCGAACCAUUCACAUCCGUGAUCGGAACGGAGUGUUAGUCCCAUGUACGGUCGCGACCCCUCACACUUCGAUUGCUUGUGACAUGGUCUCCAUUGCAAGAAUUCGCGACGCCAUAGCUCGGAAUGACGUCGAGGAGAUGGGCCUUGUAUUCUUGCAUGCUCUCCCCUCGCCGGACAGACCAGCCGCGUCACCGCCGGACCCACGCACUUCUCACCUCUUGGACGAGUAUAGAGACGUCUUCGAGGCUCCCACCGGAACAGUUCCGGAUCGGCCCAUACGUCACGGGAUCACUCUCGAGGUUGGCGCCGUCCCUCCGCGUGGAUGUAUAUACCGCAUGAGCGAAGAGGAACUCGAGCUGCUUCGCGCACAACUCGAUGAUCUUCUCGACAAGGGCUGGAUUCGCCCUAGUUGCUCGCCAUACGGUGCACCUGUUCUCUUCGUCCGGAAGAAGAACAAAGAUCUACGGUUAUGCAUCGACUAUCGCAAACUUAACGCACAAACCGUAAAGAACGCCGACCCUCUCCCUCAGAUUGAUGAUCUCCUUGAGCGGUUAGGCGGCGCGACGUACUUCUCGAAGUUGGACUUGAAGUCAGGUUACCACCAGAUUGAAAUCCAGCCUCAAGAUCGAUACAAGACCGCGUUCAAGACGCGGUACGGGCAUUUUGAGUGGGUUGUCAUGCCCUUUGGCCUCACCAAUGCCCCCGCAACUUUUCAAGCAGCUAUGACGACUGAGUUUCGCGACUUGCUCGAUCGYAGCGUCCUCAUCUACCUCGAUGACAUCUUGGUCUAUAGCAGGACGUUGGACGAGCACAUCGUACACCUUCGCGUUGUUUUGAAUCGUUUGCGACUUGCCAAGUACAAAGUGAACCGCGACAAGUGCGAGUUCGCCAAGAAAGAGCUUGAGUAUUUGGGCCACUAUGUUACGCCGAAAGGCAUUCGUCCCUUAGCGGACAAGAUCCAAGCCAUCGUGGAUUGGCUGACCCUACCCACCCAAGUGACUACGGACGCUUCGGGAUACGGUAUUGGUGCGGUGUUGGAACAGUGUCACGAGGACGGUUGGCGUCCGGUCGAGUAUUUCUCCCAAAAGGUGCCUCUCGUCAACACUCUCGACGACGCUAGUAAGAAAGAGCUACUCGCGUUCGUCACCGUUCUCAAACGGUGGCGCCACUUUCUUCUCGGCCGUCAGCGUUUUAAAUGGAAUACGAACAACAAUCCGUUGACCUUUUACAAAACGCAGSACACGGUCACUAGCACGAUCGGUCGAUGGAUGUAUUACAUCGACCAGUUCGAUUUUGACCAGUGCCACAUUCCCGGUCCCGCCAAUCGAGCUGCGGACGCCCUCUCACGACGGCCCGACUUUUGUGCCAUUGUGACCACGACAUUCGACCUCGAUGACGAUUUGCAGCCGCAUUUCAUCAAAGGCUACAAGUCCGAUCCAACUUACUCUACGCUAUAUGCAGAGUUCUCAUCGGAUCACCCGCUGGCUAGCCACUAUCGGAUUUCCGACGGGUUCCUUCUCCUUCACACGAGAGGAAAGGACUUGUUAGUUGUGCCUUAAGAUCGCAUCUUACGGACUCGUCUUCUCGGCGAAUUCCACGACGCACGACUUUCGGCACACCUUGGCGUGAACCGCACAUUAGCACGCCUGCG